AUGGCGAAUCUGAGAUCUCAAACUCUAAUGAUCAUCUUCAUUGUACCCACAAUCUUCGUAAUAACACCCAGCCAUUGCAGCAGAAUCAGGAUGGUCCAUUCCGACGACGAAAGUCUGAUCGAAACCACCUGCAAGCAAACCCCUAACUACGAUCUCUGCGUUCAAUCCCUAAAAUCCGAUCCCGGAAGCUCCCACACCGACGUCGCAGGGCUCGGUCUGAUUAUGGUGAAAGUGAUCACGGCGAAAGCGAAAGCUACGGAGAACAAAAUCAAUCAUCUCUUGCAAGGAGGGGAUUUAGAUCCGAAGCAGGAGUGGGCAUUGAAAUCUUGUCGGGGAAUGUACGACAUGGUGCUGAGGACGGACGUUCCGGAAGCCACUGAAGCUCUGCAAAAAGGGAACCCUAAAUUCGCAGAAGACGGUGUGAAGGAUAUGGGAAACGAAGCAAUUUAUUGCGAGGGAGAGUUUGACGGCGACAAAUCGCUGCUUAAACCGGAAAACGACGCUAUGCGCGAUCUUGCUUGGGUUGCUGUUGCCAUUGUUAGGCAAUUACUGUAA